CCGUGUGACUUGCAGCUGGCGGCGUGCCUUCGUGCAUCGACCUAUAGUCACGUCGCGUCUUCCCCCUAGAACUCGCCCUAGCCGGCGAAGAGACAGGCUGCGCUGUGAGUCCUCCAGACUCCGCACGAGCAGCGGGAGGCGCCUCAGUUUGCGCUAGGUCUGCCAACGCCUCUGCAGCAUUAGCCGUGGCAGAGGCAGGGUAUGUGGCACCAUCAGCGGCAGCAUCCUCCUUCGCUGAGCUCCGCGUGUUACGCAGCGGGAGGGAGAGGCCGCGCCUCGUGCGUUGCGAGGGUGCUGUUUUUGAAUUUUGUUUCGCUGCUUGUUGCGGACCGCGGCCGCUGCUGCGGGUAGCCCUGGUGCCGACCACAGGGCGACCUGAACGGCCUGAGGGUGCCGCGGUCUCCCCCCCUGCUUUAUGCGCUCCU